CGAGAUUUAAAACUUUUGGUAUGUGUUGUGUUUGAUUUAAUUGAAAAAACAAUACAAGAGGAAUAAUUGUUGCUCUUUUUGCAGAGUCAGAUGUCGAAUUUCCAAAGAACAAGAAGCAAGGUCUGGUGGGACUCCGAAGAUGACUAUCCAACAUCAUAUCAAGCACCUAAAACGCCACAAAACGCACAAAAUGUUUCAAACAGCUCUCAAAAUACUACAAAUAAUUUAAAGAAAAACGAGCACACGCCAAUUGAUAACCAAAUUUUACAAAAAUACCUUGCAGAGAACCAGAAUGUACGCGACGUGCCGACUUACUACGAAGAACAACAAUCUGCAUCCCCCAAUCACCAACUUUCUGGUGAUAAAAAUGUAGUGGAAAAUUUAGAUAGUAGUAAAAAUAAUUUAGAAGGUUUUCAAAAUCUUUCUUCUGGUAGUCCCAGGCCAUACCCCAGAAUGUUGAGAGCGGCAAGUCCAGCAAGUCAUAGGAGUCAAGAUUCAGGAUUUUCUGAUAGCGAUUGCUCACCAGCACAAACUGCUCCGAAACCGAUAAAACGAGAAGAAAAUUGGCAGAGAGUCAUUGAAAGUUUGAGGAUAUCUAAAAGUUCCGAUGCAAUAUGCAGCAGAAAUGAUCAAGCAGUGGUAAAUGAUGUAAAAGUAAGUACUUCCAAUGGAAUCGACUUUGAAAGUCAACUUGAUGAAAACUUUUGGAAAAACUUGAAAGCUCCUAAAAAAUCUAAUACCAGUACUCCAAAUACCAUAGCUCAAUUCAAUAGUAUCCAAAAAGGUUUUACACCUGAUUUGCAAAAAAUACAAUUAACACCACUGAAGAAUUUUAUGCAAACGCAUCAAGAUGAUAAAAAAGUUGAACCAAAAAUAAUAUUAUAG